CCUCAAAUAGCCGUUGCAAGUCCCACUCUCUCUCUCUCUCUCUCUCUCUCUCUCUCUCAAUUUUCAAGCACAGCAGCACACCGAAACACAAAAUCCUAUAGAGAGAAACAAAGAACUAGCGCUCAUUCUAGGGUUUCAAUCCAAAUCAAGAACUCCAAUCGAUUAGGAAUGAUGUCGCUCACUCCGGAUCAAUUUAGAAAAGUAGGGUUAGGGGUAUCCCCAUCUCCCUCACCAUUUUACACUCCUAGACCUGAAAGGCGUCGUGCAGACUCCAGAGUGUUCGAAUUGAACUCGAAUAGGCAGGACAAAGAGCGGGAGGUCAACGUUCAAGUUCUGCUUAGAUGCAGGCCAUUAAGUGAUGAUGAGCAAAGGUUGAACGUGCCAAGGGUAAUAACAUGUAACGAGCACAAAAGAGAAGUCAAUGUUCUGCAAAGUCUAGCUAACAAACAAGUAGAUAGAAUUUUCACCUUCGAUAAGGUUUUUGGGCCCAAAGCACAGCAAAGAUCAAUAUAUGAUCAAGCCAUUGUCCCUAUUGUAAAUGAAGUUCUUGAAGGCUUCAACUGCACUGUCUUUGCAUACGGGCAGACAGGCACUGGCAAAACAUAUACAAUGGAAGGAGGGAUGAGGAAUAAGGGUGGUGAACUGCCUGCUGAAGCUGGUGUUAUUCCAAGAGCAGUUCGCCAAAUUUUUGAUACGCUGGAGGCACAAAAUGCUGACUAUAGUAUGAAAGUGACCUUCUUGGAACUUUACAAUGAAGAAAUUACUGAUCUUUUGGCUCCCGAAGACUACUCUAGGACUUUUGAAGACAAGCAAAAGAAACCCAUUUCCUUGAUGGAGGAUGGGAAGGGCUGUGUGAUUUUAAGAGGCCUUGAAGAAGAGGCUGUAUACAGUGCAAAUGAAAUUUAUAAUCUCCUGGAGCGAGGAGCAGCCAAAAGGCGUACAGCAGAUACCUUGUUAAACAAACGCAGCAGCCGUUCUCAUUCUGUAUUUACUAUAACCAUCCAUGUAAAAGAAACAACUGUUGGAGAUGAGGAGCUCAUUAAAUGUGGCAAGCUUAAUCUUGUAGAUUUGGCAGGAUCAGAGAAUAUUUCUCGUUCAGGUGCACGAGAGGGCCGUGCAAGGGAAGCAGGAGAAAUAAACAAAAGUUUACUCACUCUAGGCCGUGUCAUAAAUGCACUCGUGGAACACUCUGCUCAUAUACCUUACAGGGACAGUAAGUUAACAAGGUUGCUAAGAGAUUCACUGGGAGGGAAAACAAAAACUUGCAUCAUUGCAACAAUUUCUCCAACUGCUCAGUGUUUGGAGGAAACUUUAAGCACGCUAGAUUAUGCCUGUCGUGCUAAAAAUAUAAAGAACAAGCCAGAGGCAAACCAAAAAAUGUCCAAAGCUGUGCUGCUCAAGGAUUUGUACUUGGAAAUUGAAAGAAUGAAACAAGAUGUUAGAGCAGCUAGGGAAAAAAAUGGCGUAUAUAUUCCACAUGAGAGACAUGCUCAGGAUGAAGCUGACAAGAAGGCAAAGAAUGAGAAGAUAGAGCAAUUGGAGAUUGAUCUAAACCUCAGUGCGAAGCAAGUUGAUAAAUUUCGAGAGCUCUAUCUUACAGAGCAAGAAGAGAAAUUAGAGUUAGAUAGUGAGCUCAAUUGUUGCAAGAUAAAUCUGGAAAACAGUAACAAGGUCUUGGAGGAUCUUCAAGAGAAACACAAGGUGGCCAUUUCAACACUCAAGGAAAAGGAGUUUAUCAUCUCCAAACUUUUCCACUCAGAAAAUUCGUUAAUCGACCGUGCGAAGGAGAUGCGUGCCAAUUUGCAAAUUGCAUCAGAAGACAUAUCUGCUUUGUUUGCAAAAUUAGAUCAGAAAAAUAAAUUAGAAGCAGAAAACCAAGGGCUGCUUCUGAAUUUUGGUUCACAGCUUGAUCAGAGCUUAAAAGACCUGCACAAGACCAUCUUGGGUUCAGUUUCUCAACAACAGCAACAAUUGAGAUGCAUGGAGGAACAUGUCUCUUCAUUUCUUGCUAGUAAAUAUGACGCCACUCGGAUACUAGAAUCUAGGAUUAAUAAAUUGACGGAGAUAAAUACUUUGGGAGUGACAACCUUGAAGGAGCUGGCUGAUUCAUUACAAAUGAAGGCUACUUUGGACCUCGAGCAGAUAAAGUCUACAAUGUCAUGCCAAAUAAGUGCACUUGAAAAUUUUCUCAAAACUGUGGUUUCGGAGGCCAAGUAUGUUGUUUGUGAUAUCCAAAAUACUCUUAAUGAGCAAAAGCAGAUAUUGGCUCUCUCAGCUCAACAACAACAAGAGGGAUUGCAUCGGAGUAUGGCUUCAGCAGAAGUGAUUUCAAGAGCAACAAUUGAUUUCUUUAAUGACCUCAGCCAUCGUGCUUUUCAACUCAAGGCACUACUUGAAGAAAGCCAAAUUGAUAAAUCUCACCAACUGGCAACUUUUGAGAGGAUGUUUAAGGAAGAGGCUGCUAGAGAAGAGAAGCAGGCAAUGGAAAAAAUUGCGGCAAUAUUAGCAUCUCUUACAGCUAAGAAAACAGCUAUGGUUUCGGAGGCCUCAAGGAACAUUGAGGACUCCACUACACAAGGGAAUAAGAGAUUGCUGCAAGGAAUAUUCAGUAUGCAACAAGUUUCAGGCGACGCAAAGGAGGAGGUGAAUGUAUACCUAGAGAAGGUGAAAAGACAUUUUUUGGAAGACACAUUUACAUCUGCUGAAACUAAAGCUACAAUGGAAAGUUGCCUCCAGGAAUGCACAAAUAUGGUCAAUUACUCUGGGAGGCAGUGGGAAAAGGCAGAGUUAUCCAUCAACCAUCUGAACAAGACCAGUAUUGCAGAGAUAGAAUCUGCUGUAAAGGAAAAAAUUUGUGCGAACCAAGCUGCAUAUGAAGAAUUUGUCGCUAGAUCCUCAUCCAUUAAUGCAGAAUACGAAGCUAAAGCCUGUGACACACAGGCAGCUGUUAAGGAUUCGCUGAUGCUGGACCAGGAAACCAAGGAGGAGAUAGACUCCAUGUCUUCCUUGUGCUUGAAUCAGCUUAAGUGUGUCGGGGAGAAUCAUACUGAAAGCAUAACAAAUAUCAGAAACCAAGCGGGGCAGUGUCUGAGGAAAGAUUAUUUGGUUGAUCAGCAUACUGGUACAACUCCGAAGUUGAAAAUAAUUGCAGUGCCUAGCUUGGCAUCCAUCGAGGAGAUGAGAACGCCUGCUGUUGGAGAUCUUAUGGCAAAUUUUACCAGACCAAAUUUGGGCUGUACUGAAAGCAAGAUCCAACAACAACAAGGGCAGUGUGUCGGAGCAUCACCUAAUAGAACUCCUUUUGCAGAUGUCAAUUUCUCUUAAUGAGCUCCUUGAUAAGAAUAUGGAAAACUUGAGCAGCUUCUUCUGUUGUAUGUUGUUGGAUGAGUCUUAAAUUCAACUGGUGCAAACACACACAUAUUCAUCAACUGAUGAGUUAUAAGGUUUGCCAAUUCGGAAAGCUGAGGUUGGCUUUAUGUUUAGUCCAAAAUGUAUCUUAUAAAGUACUGUAAUUCUUUGUGUUUGGGUGAUGCAAAUUUAUUUUUUCGUUAAA